GCCAGAGUGUGUCUGAAUAGAGUGUGUUGCACAUGGGCAUCACAUUUAAUGGCCUGAGGUUAUUUAAGGGAUGUGCUAACUUUGUCGUUUAAACACAUACAAUACAUUUCAUAUGAUAUGCUGAACAGGAUGUGAAAAUAUAUCCUGUGAAUUGCUUGUCUUUGAUAUAGGAACGUGGAAUAAACUAUAUGCAUGUAACUACUUCCUUUUCUGCACAGGACACUAUGUCACAGCACACCUUAAUGUCAAUAAGAGAGAGGAAAAUGCAGGCGGCGGCCAUUUGCAGGGAAAUUCAAGGCAAUGAUGGGUCAGAGAUGGAUCUGGGCCGAAAGGUGAACACACCUAAAGAAAUCAUGCUGGAAGAACUCUCGUUAGCUUCAAACAGGGGAUCUCGACUCUUCAAGAUGCGCCAGAAACGCUCAGAGAAAUACACAUUUGAGAGUAUCCAGAAUGCAUCUCCUCAUAUGAAUCAUGGCGUGAUUCCUCCUGCACCAGGUAUUGAAACCACAAGUAUGAAAACUGAAGUUAAUGGUGUAGGAGUUGACCAAGCAUCAAAAACUUCUCCAAACACAUCUGACCCACAUACUAUGCCCAAUCCUGACUAUAUAGCCCCAGGUUAUGGAGGUCCCUUGAAGAAUGUUCCAACAGAGAAAUUCAACAGCACAGCUGUUCCCAAAUUCUAUCACUCUCCCUGGGAGCAGGCUCUCAUCAGUGAUCCCUCUCUAGCAGACAUGGUGCAUUUACAAAUGCCUGAAUCUGAGACCACACCUGAGAUCCCACAGUACAAGAGCUUUAAUCGAGUGGCAACUCCAUUUGGUGGCUUUGGAAAUGCUCCUAAAGCCCCAGUCAAGUCAGUUGAAGUGAACGUUCUCCCAAGCGCCCCCAGUCUUCCACCCCCAGAAGUCGUGGCUGACCCUGUGCUCUUGCGACCCUCCUUCAACAGGACGGCUCUGGGCUGGGUGACUGAUACUGCCCCUCUGUUCCUUGCUUCUGCCUCCCUGGAGCCCAAAUCAUCCAUGUUCAUCCCUGAAUCUGAUGAACUUUGAGUGUCACUUGCGUUGCUAAUGUGAUAAAUAUGAAGCUUCGUUAACUACCUUUAGGUUGCAUAUUCAGGUUACAUUAAAUUAUAUGUAAGAUGGUUUACAAUGUCUCAGUUUCUGAACAUCAUUGUAUAAGCUUCAGUUCUUUUAAAGGAGAGUAUCACAAUUAGUAUCACAUAUUUAACAGUUAUUCCAAGAAAUCGAGUCGUACAUGAGCUGAUAGCUGAUGAGGCGCAUAGCGCUGAGUCAGCUUUAAGCCAUGUACAACCAGAUUGAGUGGAAUAACUGUUUUAUUCAAUCCACAUUCACUGGAGUUUGAGA